AUGAGCAACUUGAAUAACUAGUACAGUGGAACCAAUAACGCAAACUCCUAUAACUACAAUGUCUAAAAUAAAUUAGAGUCUUAUAAUAAUAUAGAUAGCUUGAUUGACUAAACUCCAAAGAAGAUAUAUAACUAAUUCUCCUUAGGAAUCAACUCAAGCCACCUCGUCAACAACGAUAAAGAAAACAGCUUUAUUAAAGCCAACCACGAUAACUAUAACGAUAUGAACUACAUGGACCAUUACUAAAACAACUACCAGAUUCCUAGUAAUUAUGGAUAUAACAAUAACCACCAUAAUAGCAUUAAUCCUCAAAAUUCGCAUCUUGGUUAGCAUUAAAUGGAUCACUAUAAUAAUUAUCAAUAUACUAGCUAUGGAUUCUACUAUCCUCAGCAACCAUACUAUGGAUAUGACUAUGUUAACGGUCACAAUUAUCCUCACUAUCUAGAUCCCUAAGGAUAUAACUAAUCUUAUAAUAACUACUACUAUAAUAAGACCCCAAACACAGGACCAAAGAUCCAAUAGAAUAUCAUCUUAUAGAAGUCAGAAAACAAAUUGACAGGAUAAGCUAAUUAAUAGGCUGUUGAUGAGUUUGGCAACAAAAAAGAUGAUUUUUAAGUUAGAAAUCUAUUUUAAUAAGUUGUUAUAUCUGAAUUUUAACCUAACGAAAACGAAUCUUAACAAAUUACUUCAAACUAAGGUAAGUAGAAUUUAAAUUCUACUAACAGCUGCAGUAGCGUGAUUUAAUUAUAAAAAGGAAAGAGCAGUAAGAGUAAAUCAAGCAUGGAAUAGGAGUCUGAAUAGCAAUAGCCUGAAGAAUCAGCUAAAAAAAGUAAAAUCACUCCUUCCAAGCGUAUUUCUAAAAAGAAACCAAAAAGCACCAAAUAAACACCAACAAAUUAAUGCUCCAGCAUUUAAGAUAGUGAAGAAACUUUUAGCUAUAAAAAUUCUUUACUAUAAUCUUAAUUUGCAAAUGCCAAUAUAGCUUUCAAUAAAGCCCUUAAUUCAGAAUAAUCUUCUGAUAAUAUGAUUUUAGAAGAGGAAGAAAACAUUACAAAAUAAGAAAAAGAUAGCCAAAAAUUAGUCCGUCGUGAUUCUUAAAACACAGUUAAUAGAAAGGCUCCUCGUAUUAGUAAUGCUUCUUCAAUGAUAUCAAGCACAACAACAAAAAUAGUAGACGAAAACAAUAACCUAAAUUAACUCAACAUUCAUUAAUAAAUCAGCUAAGAUCAAAUUAAUUACAAUUAUGGAACUUUUACUAAGAGCAAUAAAUUGCAAGCUGAAAAAUAAAAAAAUGAAGAAGAUCAUUAUGAUGAUAAUUAACUAGAAAUUGAUGAUUCUGAUGACGAGGACAGAAAUAACAUGAAUAAUAAUCACUAAUUGUCUCAAUAAAAAAAUAGAACAUAACUAUCAAUCAGCAAAUCACAACAAUAAUAACAAGAAGUAGACUAUGAUCAAACUUCUAGUAAAAGUGACUCCGAAAAAUCCCCAACUGAAGCUAAACCUUGUAAUUGUAGAAACAGCAAAUGCCUUAAGAGGUACUGUGACUGCUUUGCAGCUGGUCUUUACUGUCAAGCUGAGUGCAAGUGUGAAGAAUGCCAUAAUAAACCUGAAUAUGAAGAUGAACGUCAAAAGGCUAUUCAAAAAAAGAAGAAACGUAUUAAAGAUGCUUUUUUACCAGUAAUCUAAAAUAAUUCACAUAUCAAAGGUUGUCACUGCAAAAAUUCUCACUGCCAAAAAAAAUAUUGUGUCUGCCAUUAAAACGGUGUCCUUUGUAGUAGUCUUUGCUAAUGUGUUGAAUGUGAGAAUAAGAUUGAAAGUAUGAAAAAAGAAUAAAGCAGCAUUUAAAAUUAUUAAGUAUAACCUCCUGCAUCAUAUCUGCAAUCACCAUAUAAUAACAAUACACUUCAAAUUUCUCCUAUUGCAAUGCAGUAAUAAAUGGUAAAAGAUAGCAGCCAAGUAAUUAAUAAUAAUUAAUUUGCUUAGUAGCACUUACAAUCACCAUACAAUAAUAAUUCACUACAAAAAGAUAAUAUAGAUGUUGAAUUCCCUUCAACAAUCAAAAAAGACUCAAUAGGUAGUGUAAGUAAACCAUAUGAGGAGGAUUUUAGCACCCAUAAAAAACCAACUAAACGCAAAGCGUUAAAGUUUAAUGAAAAGUAAAAAGCUCUAUCCUCAAUCUUUAACGAGAUUUCUCCGGCUGAUAACAAAUACUUAGUUAAUAAAUCUUGA